AUGUCGCACAAGCCUGCGUCAGCUCUGAAGACCAUCCCACUCGUUUGGCCUUUCGCAGUAUGGGGAUUGGACAUGGUCGGUCCUUUGAGAAUAGGACGAAGCGGCUUCACACAUGUACUGGUGGCAGUCGACAAGUUCACCAAGUGGAUAGAGGCUAAACCAAUCAAGAGCCUUGACACCGGUACUGCUGUUAGCUUCAUCAGAGAACUAAUAUUCAGAUAUGGAGUCCCGCACAGUAUCAUUACGGAUAAUGGGUCGAACUUUGACUCGGAGGAAUUCAGAGGUUUCUGCAACUCCCAAGGCACUUGGGUCGACUACGCUUCAGUCGCCCAUCCGCAGUCGAAUGGACAAGCAGAGCGAGCUAAUGGACUGAUCCUUAAGGGAUUGAAGCCCCGACUGAUGCGUGAUCUCAAACACGCGGCCGGAGCUUGGGUCGACGAACUUCCCUCAGUGCUUUGGGGGCUGCGGACCACACCUAAUCGGUCGACCGGAAGAACUCCAUUCUUCUUGGUCUACGGCGCUGAAGCAGUCUUGCCGAGUGAUCUUCUCCACAAUGCUCCUCGAGUUGAAAUCUACAACGAAGCAGAGGCUGAACAAGCGCGGCAGGACGCAGUCGACCUUUUAGAGGAAGAAAGGGAGAUGGCUCUGAUCCGGUCGACCAUCUACCAACAAGAUUUGCGUCGUUUCCACUCCAGAAAUGUGAGAGGUCGAGCCUUCCAGGAAGGAGAUUUAGUUCUCCGAGUGGAUCAGCACAAACCACACAAGCUUGCU